GGCCGGGGACGAGGGGUGUGCGCGCGAGGAGGAUGGAAGCGCCGCUUGAGGGGACUGAGGAGGAGGAGGCAGGAGCCCAAGCAGCAGCCACAGCCGCCGUCCUUUCCCCGCGUCCUCUUCCAUCAUGAACCGGGGAAGUAGCGCUGCUUCCUGCCCGGCCUCGGCGCCCGGAGACAGCCAGGGAAGCGGGCUAGGCCGCCGGGUCUGUAGCAACUGCAGGAAAGUCCUGAGGCAGGAAAAGAAAAUCAGAGUGUCUCUGCCUUUAACAAGAGGACCAAGUGCCUUUAUACCUGAAAAGGAAGUUAUGCAAGCCAACAGUUUGAAUGAACGUAUGCACCUGCUUGUGGAAGAGUUUUCUACAUCUGGUCGCCUAGAUAACAUCACCCGGGUCAUGGGCUUACACACACAGUACCUGGAGUCUUUCCUCCGCAGCCAGUUUUAUAUGUUGCGUAUGGAUGGGCCUCUUCCUUUGCCCUACCGGCACUACAUAGCAAUCAUGGCUGCUGCCAGGCACCAGUGUUCCUACCUAAUAAACAUGCAUGUGGAUGAGUUUCUGAAGACUGGAGGGAUCCCAGAAUGGCUGAAUGGCUUGGAAUAUGUUCCACAAAGGCUGAAAAAUCUGAAUGAAAUCAAUAAGCUUCUUGCACAUCGACCCUGGCUAGUUUCGAAAGAGCAUAUUCAGCAACUUGUCAAGACAGGGGAAAAUAAUUGGUCUCUUCCUGAACUGGUGCAUGCUGUGGUCCUCUUGGCGCACUAUCAUGCCUUGGCAAGUUUUGUCUUUGGUAGUGGCAUCAAUCCAGAGAGAGAUCUGGAUACCUCGAAUGGCUACAGGCUCAUAUCAGUUAACAACUUCUGUGUCUGUGAUCUUGCCAACGACAACAACAUUGAAAAUUCAUCCCUCACAAGUAACAACUUUGAGAUCUCAGAUUCUCUAAGUGAGCUGGAGGCUCUGAUGGACAGAAUGAAGAGGCUACAGGAGGAGAAGGAAGAGGAGGAGGAGGAAGCCUCCCAGGAGGAAAUGGAUACUCGCUUUGAAAAGGAGAAGACAGAGAGCCUCCUAGUUGUCACUGAAGGUACUGCUCCCUGCCUGCUUCUGUUCAGCUCCUUUCGUAUCAGUCAGAUCUCAGCAUUUGAUGAUGAAAUUGGUUCCAUAGCAGAUGUUUCCCGCUAUGUUGAAGACCCUGGAUUUGGAUACAAAGACUUUGGUAGACGUGGAGAUCUGCCAACAUUCCGAGCCCAGGACUACACCUGGGAAAAUCAUGGAUUCUCCCUUGUAAACAGGCUUUAUACUGACAUCGGGCAUCUCUUGGAUGAGAAAUUUCGGAUGGUCUACAACCUCACUUACAAUACUAUGGCCACCCAUGAAGAUGUUGACACAACCAUGUUGAGAAGAGCUUUAUUUAAUUAUGUCCACUGUAUGUAUGGAAUCAGGUAUGAUGACUACGAUUAUGGAGAAGUUAAUCAGUUACUUGAACGGAACUUGAAAGUUUACAUUAAAACAGUGACCUGCUACCCAGAGCGAACCACCAAGCGCAUGUACGAUGCUUACUGGCGUCAGUUCAAGCAUUCAGAGAAGGUCCAUGUGAAUCUUCUUCUUAUGGAGGCUCGCAUGCAAGCUGAACUCCUCUAUGCCCUUCGUGCCAUCACACGUCACUUGACCUGAAGCAUGGUUACAAGUAUGUUGAAUGAAGCUUCCAGACAAGAUGCACAGUAAAAGCUGCCUGCGGCGUAGCAUCAGGUUCUUAGAUUCUCAAAAAGCUGAAGCCGCAUUUCUGUUGGCUGUUAACGUGCAAUGAUCUAUAUCUUUUUAUUAUUUUUUUCUUGAUGCUUAACAUUACUAAUGAUAGCAAAAUAACAUUGAGGAACACUACUUCUUAAGUUGUUUCCAUAUGAUAUAUUGGUCACAAACCCUAAGGUGGUUUGUAAUAUUUGAUUCUUUGUUCAUUCUUCUCCCACCCCAAAAGAAAAACAUUGUGGCACAGUGUCUCUUUUGAGGUUCUUUUUCUCCCCCAUUCCAUUCUCUCUUAUGAAUGGAAUCCAGCAAAGUAUUUUUCUCUUUCCUUUCUUACCCUUCUUCUAGUUCUUUCUAUGAUACUAUAAUACAGUUUUCAUAAAUGCGGUAUAUACUAUGUUUUAAACUGAACUCCUCCACUGGCUAAUUCUUAGAUUGUUCCUAGAAAUGUAGUAGUUCAGCCGUAGUUUGGAGGUCAUGUUAAAGUUGAUGCAAUUAUUGUCUGCCUUUGUUUUUAAUGUGAACGGAACUGCUGUGAAAUCUGCGGCAUGCUACUGAGACGCAGCAUUCAAAUACAUGUUUUCGUGAAUGAAGAGGUGUUUGCCAUAUCCAUUUCAAAUGUACAUAUCAGUUCAGGGACUUCAUUCUCCUCUUUUGCAUACUGCAGUUGCGCUCUCUUCCUGCCUGUAAAGAUGCUUGAAAGGGUACUUAGAGCCCAUUUGGCAAAUCAGCGUAACUUGGAAUUUGUAACCAUUUGCCAGUUGAUUUAAGACCCUUUUUUAAAAGUUUGAAUCUAACUCUACCCUUUAAUUGUUUUUUAGAUCUGGCAGUUAUGCAAAAUAACAUGCAAGCUGCCUAUCAAAUGAAAAACUCAUCUAAAUGAGUACAUUCUUUUAAAAGGAUAAAGAUCUGCCUUCUGCUGAGUCAGAUCGUAGGCUUGUUUAACCCAGCGCUCUCUGUCCUGGAUCUCCUGAGGUCUUAGACAUAGGUUUUUCUCAGCCCUCCUGUCUGAAAUGCUUUGACUGGAGAUGGCAGAGACAAAACCCAGUGGUCCGUCCCUUUCCUGAAAGCUUUGCUCAUACAGUGCUGCUUUCGACUGGGUCAGAUUUUUCCUUCAUCAAACCCAGUGUCAUUGGUCCAACCUUGCAAGUGGCUCUCCACUUGAGUAAGAACCUUGACUUUAAAAUGCCAGACAAUGUAUGUAGGAGCCUUAUUCCAGAGCUAUGGCCAACUUUUCUCUCCACUCCUAUCUUUUCCCCCCUCUCCUUUUAAAAUUCAAGGGUAAUUAUCUUAGUAUGUAGCUUAAGCUUUUAGACAUUUGAUUCCCAUAUUAUUUCCUUGAAUCAUGGUGUCAGAACACUUUUUCUUUUUUUAAAAAAAAGCUAUGAAUCAUGUUAAUCUGUGCUGACAUGAGUGAACAAAGGAAGUGCAAUAUUGAGCAGAAAGGCAAGUUUUUUCCUAUUAAAGCCGCUGCUGAAAUGUCCUGUUCAAAAAGAAUGGAGGAAAACGUGUGUUUUUUUUCCUUCCCAAGCUUUGUUUGUGUCUAUGGCUUGCUUGCCUUGAACAAUCUGAAAAUGCCAAAGUAUCGCUGUAAUGAAACAGAUGCAUAGCAUGCUUCCCCAAGCUCUUCUGAGCAUCUCCAGUUCAUGAAAAUAGAGAAGCUCCAUUCAAGCUCCAUAGAAGUGAGUGAUGAAUGUGCAUCAGUAGUGUUUGGAUUGCACCCAGUGACAACUAGCAUUGUUUGGGGGGGGGGGGGGGGGGAAGCGAGCUGCCAAAAAUGUCAACUUUUUGUGUUGUUUGGCUACACUGGUUUCUUUUUCAGACCACAAAUGUCAGUGUUCUUAAAGCUUUACUUUGUGUUGUCCUUAAUGAUUCAACAAAGUGCCUGAAGAGAAGCUUAAAAACGUGGGAUACAAUAAGGACUAUUACGUGGUCAAUUUGCUCCACAAAAAGUCAGUCACAACUCCUUCCCAAAGUCUCAUUGAAAUCAGAUCUACUUAAGCAUAAAGUAUCUUAUGUGCCACCUGUUUGUGUCCCCUGACAGUCUUAACAUUCUAUAAGAGGAGCUCUGCUUGUCCAAAUCUUUUGAGCUCGGGUUAUGUGCAAAUAAAUUUGAUUCCUGGCCUUUUUUAUUGAUUCAUUUGUGACUGACUUCUGUUGGAUUGGUUCAGAUGUUGGGCUUUAUUUUAUUUUUCCUUAACCUUGACUUCAUAUUUCUUUUGUACACAUUGGAAAAGAGUAAAAUAUACUUUUUUCAUUUCAGUAAGCUGUAGAAGGCAACAUAAAAUAACAUUUUUAUAUUGAAGACUUCUGUAAUUGUGGGGCUUUUUUGGGAGUGAUUUUAAAUGUCUUUCUAUGAAAAACAGCCAAAUAAACAAACAUGGACUAGAAUUUGGGGAGGGUUAAAUUGUUGAUAUUUUAAAUUAAUCCCUCUCUUGCUUUCUUCCUGUAUCAAAUAAUUGCUGUGUGAUCAUCAAAUAUCCUUCCCCAAAUUGCUGAAAUAAUUACUUACUGUUAUGUAUAGAUUUUCUUCUGGCCUUAGAAUUGUAGACUGUUUUUAUGUGAAUAUUCAUUGAGGACAUAUUUGCACUGCAGAUAUUGUUUCCAUCGUACACUGUAAUGUUUUCUAAAGACAUCUGGAAAAAGAUACACCUAGAGCAGUGGUUCUCAAUCUGUGGGUUCCUAAUGUUCUGGCCUACAACUCCCAGAAAUCCCAGCCAGUUUAUCAUCUGUUAGGAUUUCUGGGAGUUGAAGGCCAAAACUUCUGGGGACCCACAGGUUGAGAACCACUGACCUAGACACAUCAGGUGACAUCUCAUCUAUCUUUCCAGGAAACUAGUUGAAUUAUAUGGUAGGGAUACUAUCUGAGAAAAAAAAUUACAUUACUGAAUAAAGCUAUUCCAUAACCAGUGCACUGUUAUUGCAGAGCAUGAACUAUGAACUAUUAUGUGGAGGGGAUAAGCCUCAACUGAAUGUGUAAUCCAGCCACAGAUAAAACCUUUAAAUAGUAACAUUUGAUGUGAGAGCAAGCCCAUUCAGUCCCCUCUGUGUGAAGUGUGGAAUAUCUUAAUUUGGAAAAACAGUUUGUACAGAUCUUCUCUAAGUCUAACUCAGUUGCCAAAGCUGGGUAUGUCUUCAUUUGGCCACAUAGGAUGACCAUGUCAAAAGCCACAUUGAUUUUGUUGGGUUAGUGCAGUGGUUCUCAACCUGUGGGUCCCCAGAUGUUUUGGCCUUCAAUUCCCAGAAAUCCUAACAGCUGGUAAACUGGCUGGGAUUUCUGGGAGUUGUAGGCCAAAACACCUGGGGACCCACAGGUUGAGAAUCACUGGGUUAGUGGAACAUGCCUAUGACGGUCAAUAGAUCCAUUUGUCCCAAUUGGUUGGUGGCUUUCAUUUGAACUUGAGAUAGAAACACAAUGAGGUUUGAGUGGAGUGGGAAGAUAAGGAGACCUGCACAGCAUCUAAUGUCUGCAAAGCAGCAGAGGAAAGAGAUGAAUAAUUAGAGAUGAAAGCUGAAUUGUGUACAUAGCUGUAAGAGCUUUAACCUUUCCCCCUUUCACAGGGUCACAUGUGUACAUCUUUUGAAUUGAGAAUCUGGUGUUCUGAUUGUAGAAACAUUAGUGCCUUUUCUCGUACACAUUUCCUUUUAUUUACUCAGUAGUCAUCCAAUUGAGAAGAGAUUACACUUGAAAUCUAAAUGUUUGUGUGGACUCCCCCCCCCUUUGUGAAAUAUAUAAAGUGGAUCCAUCAAGAGAAACAUAAACUUGGUUCCACAUGAUAUCAGAGGUGCAUGUGGCAUUCAAAGUUGGGACCUGUUCUCUUUGAGCAUUAGUUUGUGUUUUUCCUUAGAGAUAGAAUGGCAAAUGUGAAUGUUAUGAAAUGUUUCCGAUGUGACUAAUUCAAAGUAUGGUCUCUGUGGUCAUAAUCUGGUACUUAGCUUUAUAUACUCAGAUGUGAUGGGGUUGUGUGCAUGUUUCUCUGUGUGUUUACACAGUAGUAUUCGGAAUAGAUAGCAGAGUAAGAUUGUACUUUUUGCUUAGUAUAUCCAUAAAGCUCACAAAUGUGCCAAAUUUUAAAUGUACAAGAACAUUUUUUAAAGAAAAAGAUAGCACAUGUGAAUGAAUCAUUUGAGUUCAUGUAUUAAUAUCUAUCAAAAUGUGUAGCAGUCUUUCGCAGUGUGGGCUUUUUAAUAUACAUUUCCAUCUCACUUUGUGGAUUUAGGUUAGUUGUCAGCAACUGGACACCCCUGCACCAAAUGUGUCCCAGUGGUCAACUAAGGGCCAAAAGUAUGUAAAUUGUGAAUCAACAGCAACAAGGUUUGAUAACAAGUUAGCAACUGUACAGCCUUUCUGAAGCCAUGUGAUAAGAUGUAUCACGUCUUGGGAAACCUGGCUUCUGUAUAAUAUAUUAAAAGGUCCAAAUAUCAUCUGCUAAAUUAUUAUGGUGAAACCUAAACCUGCAUGCUUCAAGAUCCUUUGUAAAUAAUAUCUUUUCCUGUUGUUUUUUUUUUAAUAAGCAGCAUCAAUACUGCAGGUUUACAGAUGACAUUGAUCAGGCUGAAAUAGAUUAAAAGCAAAGUUACAGGUUCUCCUUACAAUCUUUCCAAGGCUUAUCAUGCUCAGGAUUGUGCUUUCAUUGUAAAGGGUACUUUAUUGUUAAAAAGUGCAUAUUUUCUAUUUAGCAGCUGUAUGGUGGAAGACUGCAGUUACUGGUAAUCAUUAUAAAUGCUUGUCCUCAGUAUGAAAACCCAUAUAUAUGACAACCUACAUCCAGAAUCCAUUUUAAAGAGUAGACUAAUACAGCCAGAGUUUGUAAAAUAGAAGUCCUGGGACAAAUCUUGCCAAUGAUUUCAAUUGGUACAAUUUACACAAGAGUUGAUUUGCCAAGUCUAAUUGAUUCAAUGACUUGCUUUUGCUGGCACUACCUUGUUUGGGGCUAGUAGAUUUUGGAUGAGAAAGAUAAUGAUGGCACCUGCAACCCAACCCUAUCUUCCUUCUCAAUUGAGCUAUAUUUCUCAAGGGCUGGCUGCAAGCAAAGUGAUUUAUUUUCCAGAUAAAAAUAUCUACUUGUGAACUCAGAUGUAAUAUCAAAAUAUUUUGUAAUGGCUUGGUCCUACAUAAUUCGUUAAGAGCCAUUAGCUUUGCAAAAACUCUGUUUUAGUUGAGAUCAAACAUUUGAGACUGUUUUAAUCCAUUUAUUGAUAUAGAUCAACAUGAGUGAUUUAGGCUCUCUUUGGGGGCCUGGAAGUGUGGACUGUUUUGUUUGUACUUCAGAAGCCAUUACCGAACUUGGCAUUUCAUUGCUCCUGCCAAACAAAAACCUCUUUUCUCAAUGGGGUAUUUUGGUUAGCUCUUCUUGCUUGAGACUGUGCCCAUUAAACAGAACCCAAGAAGGCACAGAUAGUCCCAAAUGGUUAUAUCAUUAUAGCCCAAGUGCCAAAUUAUGCUGUGCAGCAGAAGGGCCAGGUUCAGAUAGGAGGCAAAAUCAGUUUGUUGCCAAGAGCUCAGGUUUAUUAAUGCAUAUUAAAAGAAGUAACUUGUCAUUUAAUGAUUGUGUAGUAACUACAACAGGUAACAUUAAACAUAUUUGACCAAAAACAAGAUGAAUAAAACAGAGAAUGAGCCUCUCUCCAUCCCAGCACGUAUCUCACAAUAUGAAACUAAUCUCAGUGUCUUCAACCUCCUGCAGAUUAACACAGAAGCAUAAAAGAAGUUCAUCUGAAAGGCAAAAGGUUUUCAAAAUGGAACCUGAAGGAAUUCAUAUUAUAUACUAAAUGUGGUAGAUAAAUGCAGAAGCCACAGCUGAUUAGACUAUCAGUUCCUUUGCAGACUAUUCCAGAGGAUUGUUCAGAGGUACAAUUCUUAAACUCAAAACAAAUUGUCAACGAAUGUUUGUAAUUAUGAAUUCACUGUCAAGCAUUCUGGGAAAGAGAAAUAGGUUUGCAUUUUCUGUACUGCUCUGGAGGCAUGCUGAUCACCUCUUUGUUUUUGUUUUUCUUCAGUGCAAUACAGGAAGAGACAAAACUGUACCCAGUUUACCUGGCCCUGCAAAUGGGCAAACCUUGCAGAUCUUUUUGUAGAACCCAUAAAGGGCUGUGUAGUAGAGACACAGUUUUGCCGCUUAAAAUGAGACUACACUACCUUAUUAUACAGUUUGGUACCGCUUUAAUGGUUCCAUCAGAUGAAAUCCUAGGAUUUGUAAUGACUGCUUAAUCCCUUACUCAAAGCUUUUCUAAUGCCGUAUGUUUUUCAGUUACCAACUGAUGAGUAUACCGUAAUAGAAAAUAAACAGAUUCUUUGCACCCUUGGGCUAGGAUCUAAUUUGCCAGUGUUACUGUAUCAGUGGAGGAGGAGGAAGACAGGAUGAAGCAGCCAAAGAAAAGGGACCAUGGCUGAAUAGAAGAGAAAGCCAUUCCUGUUAGGAGAUAAAGCUGGCUUGCUUACACUUGAGCUGCAAGAUGGCUUUAUCUUCUGACAAAGAAGGCUCAUGUUGAUUGCUACAGCUUGGUAUGCCCUAAUGCUCCUUUCACCACCUUGUCCAUUAUUCAGUUCCCCUUCAUUCAAAUUUCCCAGCUACAUUCAGAUUUCCCCAUGUCAUGGGGCAAACAAGUAAUGUCUUUUCGACUAAAUCUGUGUUAGAACAUGAGGCAAAAACUGUGGCUUACUCUUGACUGACCACCUUUGAGGUGGUCAGUCAGGGGUAGGAGCUCUACCACUCCAUACCCAGUUAGCAGCCCUAUCAAAUUUUUUUACUUAUUUUAAUAUAUUUAAUUUCAAUCCAUGUCAAAAAGAAAGAAAGAACCCAUUGGGUGUCCAUAGGAUUUCAUAUAUGUUCUAUGGAUUUGUUGUCAGAAAAGACAAAGAAUUAUUGCAAUUGUUGCUUAAGCAGGACAUUUUGUGUAUCUCAGUUGCUCUGUGCCCUGAGUCUUAAAAGCCUAAAUUACCAUCCCGUUCAGUGUUACUAAUUGUUCUACUAGAUUAUUUUGGUUUCUUUGGUGAUGGUGGUGGUUGUAGAGGAUGAAUAUUUAUGGACAGACAAGGGGUAUGUGUAUGUGUGAGAAGACCAUUGUUCUAGUUGAAAUUAAUGUGUCUUGAAACUGAUCAUACCUUGUUUUACAUAAUCCCAUUAAUAAAUGCACAGCACUGUGGGGUGUAAAAAGAAACUGCUACCUGAGCACAUGCAGAGUGGCCAACUAAAUUGACUGUGAGCUUGAAGAGCCACUCGAAGCAUGCUAUGAUCAUCGAUUUGCUCCCCACAGUAUUGCUAUAGCUUCUCUUCUUUUGGCUUUUUUGAAUGUGCUUUUCCUUCCAAUGUAGUGUGCUUCUAGAAGCUGUGAUAGGCCUUCAUGGUCCUUGAUUUUGUUACUGUAACUUUUAUAUAUAGAUAGUUAGAUAUAAGAAGAUUUGUGAAAACAUAGGCCUAUGGCCGAAACAUGAGAUCGCUGGUUCAGCCCUACACAGUCACCCACUUUCAGCUAUUUGUACUACAUUAUGGCUGUAGGUAGAAUAAGCUUAUUGAUGAUGCAGUUUAGGAUCCACACAGCUUUAUUAUGUCUGUGUGUGUGUGUGUAUUUUUGUACUGUGUAUACUGGGAAGGUGGGGGAGGGGAGAAUGGUGAUGUGUUUAUAACCUCAACUUUUUAGGUUUGUACGUUUUCUUUUAUCAAGUAACUGACUCAAUAAAACAAAAACUUAGCCAUGUAGAACUGUGUGGGCUAAACAGACCUUGCUGUAGAUGAGAAAUCCUGUUUUCAGUUUGGGUCAUGUGACUUUGUGUUCCCUAAACUCUGGCAGGGAGAGAGCUUUAGGAUUGAAAUAUAUGUAAACUGGGGUGCCAACCUCCUACCAAAGUCCAGGAGAAACCUCAGUGGAAGUAUGAAAUGAGAUAGGCUGGCAAGCUGAUCUAAGGCUGAGCUUAGAUCGGGCAUAAAACCCAUUUCCUCUUUGCUUUGCCACCAGUGAACCUAUGGCUGGCAGAGGCCUGUCACAGUAAGGGGAAGGACAGCAAAACCUAUGUGGAUUGUUUUUAUUAGUCUCCAUGGACAUCAGCUUCAAACAAGUUUAAAACUAAAGUGCUCCUUUUACUUACUACAAAUACCCCAACAUCUGCUUGUCAGCAUGAGCUAAGUUAGGCUCAGUAGCCUCUUGCUGCUUUCCUGUCUUCUCUUAGCAACAGUGUCUGUGAAGGAAGGCCGGGGGAGUUGUGAAUUUUUAUCCUAUCAGUAUUGAAUCUAGGAUCAUUUCCCUUAUUAAGGCAAGUACACUGAAUCCGUUCUGGGGAAACACAGCUUUUGUGGGUACUCUUUCCUACACCCCAAAACCUUUCACCACAUCAGUAACACUUGUGUGAAUCCUAGGCAGGCACCGUCAUUCCUCCCAAAAAAGGCCUACUGUUGUUGCACAGGUUGAAGAAUGCUUGAGGGCCAAACUAAAACUGUAGCUAGCAAUUUUCCAACAUAGACGGGUAUUGGACGAGCCAGUCCGACUGGAUCUGUUUGUGCCUCUCUCUCUCUCACUCUCUUUGGUUAAGCCUUUAUUUGCCCAAUCCAACUUGAAUUGUAUCUGAACAGAUGCAGAAGGAACUUUUUAGCGAACUGAGACAAAAAAAAUUGUAUUUUUCAAUAGAGGAAUUUGUGAGUGUGUGUGUGUGUGUAUUAACCUGUUAACAGCAAUCCAUAAAGAUCUGCACUUUUUAUGAGGUUUUGAAAAAUUCUAUUUAUAGGUACGGAACAAUGGGGUUUGUUAAAACUGUAUAGCAUUUAUACUUGCUGAAAUUUCUUGCAUUGUUAUCAGUAGAAAUUUUAUUGGUUCAAUAAAACUGGCCAAAAACCCCA